AUGUCACCACGAACAAAUUCACCACCACCUUCGUUAUAUGAAAUUUAUGAUGAUACAACAAAUGACUUUGGCUAUCAUCCACCACCAUUUACACAUGGAUUAAAUCAUACAACUAAUAAUGGUGGAAUUCUUCGGCCAUUCAAUAUUCCAAGAAGAAUAUUUUCAUCAACAACGGCACAAUUCUUUUCAUUAAUCAUGAUAUAUUCAUUUUGUAUAACGGUUCUUUGGAUAAUAUUUUGUACAUCAUUUUUGCUUACUUUUUAUGACGAUACAUGUAGAAUAUUUCUUACUUCACGAGUUUGGGGAAGAGUGAAGAAUGGAGUUAGAGAAAGGAUAGCAAUGAUGGGAGAAGAUUGGGAGGAUUUUUUUCAAAACUUAUUUGAUCAAUUGUCAAAUUUGGAAGAUUGGUUGAGCACAUUAUUUAGAUUUAGGGUAGUAGUUGCAGGUCAAGGUAUUACUGAUAAAUUUAAGCAAGCUUUCCAAUCCAGAAAAAAUUCUACCACCAACAAUAAUGCUACUAAUCGCAAUGGUAAUGGCAAUGAUAUCAAUAUCAAUAACAAUGAAAAUUCUUAA